CAAAAGUUGGAUCCCAUGUAUUGAAGGAUAUGGACAGCAAACUACACAAAGCUGGAAAUGAAACCUUUGUACAAGAAAUGAAACAAGACGAUUCAAAGGAGAUCAUUGACAGUAUUAUAGAAGAAAGUCAGAAGGCACAACAGCUAGAUGAUUCUUUAGCUUCUAGAGGAAAAGAACUGACUGUUCCAACUUCAGAUGCAAAUACUUGGAUUUCUGGAGCAGGUAUCAUUAGUAGUAUUCCAGAAGUAUUAGCUGCUAAAAUGUCAUUACAAGAAGAGCCUGGAGAAUCAAUGUGUCAGAGUAUGUGUAAGGACACUGAAUUGGAGUCAGGGAACCUUUUGUUUACUUCUGAGGAACAGAAAACUCAUAAACUAACUAAGGUAACAAAUUCAACUGACCAUAAAAUGGAUGAAACUGAAGCCCAAGAAGAAACAUCAAAAAAUGAGGACAUAACAGAGAAGAGAGAGGCAAAUACUUUAGAACAAGUGGCUUCAGAUUUAUCUACCAAAGACCUUUCCACAACAGAAGAAAUGCCUCCAGCAAAACCCCCAAGGCAGCUUACUGUAGAACCUGAUAUAGUUGCUAGCACAAAGAAGCCUGUCCCAGCACGGCCACCACCUCCAACAAAUGUUCCUCCUCCAAGACCACCUCCACCUGCACGACCGGCUCCACCACCCCGGAAGAAGAAGAGCGAACUGGAUUUUGAAGUGCAAAAACCUGCUUUAGAAGUUUCUCGAGAGAACUUCACAGCUGGUGGUCUUUUAACUCCAAGUACAGUGACAGAGGGCAUGCCCAAAGAUUCUCAGCCUUCAUUGGAUUUGGCAAGUGCAACUAGUGGAGAUAAAAUAGUCACUGCACAGGAAAAUGGGAAAGCAGCUGAUGGCCAAACAACAAAUGAAGUACUUGGACCACAGAGACCUAGGUCUAAUUCUGGAAGAGAGCUCACAGAUGAGGAAAUCCUAGCAAGUGUAAUGAUAAAAAACCUUGAUACAGGUGAAGAAAUACCCCUGAGUUUGGCAGAAGAAAAAUUGCCAACAGGCAUUAAUCCCCUAACUUUGCAUAUCAUGAGGAGAACUAAAGAAUAUGUCAGUAACGAUGCAGCACAAUCUGAUGAUGAAGACAAAAUGCAGACACAGCAAACUGAUUCUGAUGGAGGGAGGUUAAAACAAAAAACGACCCAGCUGAAAAAGUUCCUUGGCAAAUCUGUGAAGCGAGCAAAGCACCUUGCUGAAGAGUAUGGUGAACGUGCUGUAAAUAAAGUUAAGAGUGUUCGAGACGAAGUCUUCCAUACAGAUCAAGAUGAUCCCUCUUCCAGUGAUGAUGAAGGGAUGCCAUAUACGAGACCAGUUAAGUUCAAAGCAGCACAUGGCUUCAAGGGACCUUAUGAUUUUGAACAAAUCAAAGUUGUUCAGGAUCUCAGUGGAGAGCAUAUGGGUGCUGUUUGGACAAUGAAGUUUUCCCACUGUGGUCGAUUACUUGCAUCUGCAGGACAGGACAACGUAGUAAGAAUAUGGGUUUUAAAGAAUGCUUUUGACUAUUUCAAUAACAUGCGAAUGAAGUACAACACAGAAGGACGUGUCUCUCCCUCCCCAUCUCAAGAGAGUCUGAAUUCUUCCAAGUCUGAUACUGACGCAGGGAUCUGCAGUGGAGUCGAUGAAGACCCAGACGAUAAAAAUGCCCCCUUUCGUCAGCGACCGUUUUGCAAAUACAAAGGGCAUACAGCAGAUCUUCUUGAUCUUUCCUGGUCUAAAAAUUACUUCUUACUUUCUUCUUCUAUGGACAAAACUGUCAGGUUAUGGCACAUAUCAAGAAGAGAAUGUCUUUGCUGUUUCCAGCAUAUAGACUUUGUCACAGCUAUAGCAUUCCAUCCAAGGGAUGACAGGUACUUCUUAAGUGGUUCAUUGGAUGGGAAACUCCGACUCUGGAACAUUCCUGAUAAAAAAGUGGCAUUAUGGAAUGAAGUAGAUGGACAGACAAAAUUGAUUACAGCUGCCAACUUCUGUCAGAAUGGCAAGUACGCGGUCAUAGGCACAUACGACGGAAGAUGCAUCUUCUAUGACACAGAGCACUUGAAGUACCAUACACAAAUACACGUGCGUUCUACCCGAGGCCGAAACAGAGUCGGAAGGAAAAUUACUGGCAUUGAACCCUUGCCUGGAGAAAAUAAGAUACUAGUGACAUCAAAUGAUUCCAGAAUCCGAUUGUAUGACCUAAGAGAUCUGUCUUUAUCUAUGAAAUACAAAGGUUAUGUCAACAGCAGCAGCCAAAUCAAAGCCAGCUUUAGUGGUUCAGAAGAUAAAUAUGUUUAUAUUUGGAGUACAUACCAUGACUUGAGCAAAUUCACAUCUGUAAGAAGAGACCGUAAUGACUUCUGGGAAGGCAUUAAAG